AUGUCCAUACUCCCAGACUCACCUUAUCAGCCCAACUUUACUCGAGAACGAGGCGCCACCAGCAUACGCCUCACGAAUCCAGCCGUUGAUCUACACAACCUACCCCGGAUUGAUCUCGUUCUUCUCUCGGACCGCUUUGAUCCAAAGCUCGAGGACUCACUGAGGCGCGACCUUCCCAUUGUUACUACCCCACAAGCCAAGACACAUCUAAUCUCGAAAGACCAAGGAUCAUUCACUUCAGUAUUUGCACUUCGCCCAUUCGAGCAUGUUGAUAUUCACAUUGAAAGCACGGACGGGCCGAAACAGCCUCGACUGCGUGUGACAGGGAUGCCAGGGAAAAACGUGACUUCAAAGCGGCUGUUACAUGCAUUGACCCAUGCCAUUCCACCGACCAACGGAUGGAUGCUUGAGCUGGGCUAUGGCACUCCCGAUACAUCAGAUUUUACCUGCAGCUAUCGCAUCUACAUCUCCGGGAACACCUUUGCUACCAAGAAGCUCCAAGAAGUUGCUCGCCGCUACGAAGGACAGCCAAUUGACCUGAUGCUCGCAAAUCUCGGCGGGACGACCAUCCCCUCGUUUCUGGCAGGGCGAAUAAUGGAGCCGCUGGCCUCGACCGUCGACAUAGAUGCUGAGGACUGUCUCAAGAUAAUACAGUUAAUCCAGCCCGACCUCACGAUCCCAAUCCACGACGUUGACUUUGACGUAUUUAGAAGCUCGUUGGAAGCCUUCCAACGUAUGGUUGAGGCAGCAGGAUUAUCUGACAAGGUUUUGGUUCUAGAUCGGGGGGACGAGUAUCGCUUCCAUGUUAGAUGUUAG